AACCUUGUGUUUGAAAGGCAGUUUAGGAUCUUGCAUACUCGCAGAGAAAACGGGAGAUAAGAGGCCAGUUUUGCAUCCUUCUCUCAAAGAUCAAGCACCAGCUCCUUGCCCCUUGCGUUGGCAUUUUAUUUAAUCAGGCAGAAUGAUAGCUGCCCAGCUUCUGGCCUAUUACUUCACGGAAUUAAAAGAUGAUCAGGUCAAAAAGAUUGAUAAAUAUCUGUAUGCCAUGCGACUCUCUGAUGAAACUCUGAUUGAUAUCAUGGGUCGCUUCAGGCGAGAGAUGAAGAAUGGACUCUCUAGGGAUUUUAACCCAACAGCCACUGUCAAAAUGCUUCCUACAUUUGUAAGGUCUAUUCCUGAUGGGUCAGAGAAAGGUGAUUUCAUUGCCCUGGAUCUUGGUGGAUCUUUCUUUCGUAUUUUGCGAGUAAAAGUCUCCCAUGAGAAAAGGCAAACAGUUCAAAUGGAAACAGAGAUUUAUAACACUCCAGAAGAUAUAAUGCAUGGCAGUGGAACACGGCUUUUUGACCAUGUUGCUGAAUGUUUAGGAGAUUUCAUGGAGAAACAAGAAAUCAAGGACAAGAAAUUACCUGUGGGGUUCACAUUUUCUUUUCCGUGUAGACAAUCCAAACUAGAUGAGGGUAUUCUGAUAACCUGGACAAAACGCUUCAGAGCAAGUGGUGUUGAGGGAGCUGAUGUAGUUCAGUUGCUGAACAAAGCAAUCAAGAAACGUGGGGAUUAUGAUGCAGACAUUAUGGCAGUUGUCAAUGACACCGUAGGGACAAUGAUGACCUGUGGAUUCGAUGACCAACGUUGUGAAGUUGGCUUGAUUAUUGGUACUGGUACAAAUGCCUGUUACAUGGAAGAAAUGAGACACAUUGACCUGGUGGAAGGUGAUGAAGGACGCAUGUGCAUCAAUACCGAAUGGGGAGCAUUUGGAGAUGAUGGAUUAUUAGAAGACAUCCGGACUGAAUUUGACAGAGAAAUUGACCGAGGUUCCCUUAAUCCUGGGAAGCAACUGUUUGAGAAGAUGGUCAGUGGCAUGUAUAUGGGUGAACUGGUCAGGCUUAUCCUUGUUAAAAUGGCCAAAGAAGGUUUACUUUUUGAGGGGCGAAUAACUCCUGAACUUUUAACCAAAGGAAAAAUAGACACUAAGGAUGUUUCUGCCAUAGAAAAGAGCAAGGAGGGCUUGCAGAAAGCCAAGGAGAUUCUGACGCGUCUCGGGGUUGAGCCCUCUCAUGAGGACUGCAUCGCCGUCCACCACGUGUGCACCAUCGUUUCGUUCCGCUCCGCAAACCUCGUGGCUGCCACUCUGGGGGCCAUCCUGAACCAGCUACGGGACAACAAAGGAGUGGGCCGUCUCCGCACGACCGUGGGGGUGGACGGCUCCCUGUACAAGAUGCAUCCACAAUACUCCAGACGUCUGCACAAAACAGUGCGUCGCUUGGUGCCCGACUGCGAUGUGCGCUUUCUGUUGUCUGAGAGCGGCAGUGGGAAGGGUGCUGCAAUGGUGACUGCUGUCGCCUAUCGGCUGGCAGAGCAGCACCGGCUGAUCAAUGAGACCUUGGCGGAAUUCAAGCUUACCAAUGAGCAGCUCUUCCAGGUGAAGAAGAAGAUGCGCAAUGAAAUAGAAGCUGGUCUCAGAAAGAAAACGCACGACCACGCAAAGGUCAAAAUGCUGCCCACCUUUGUCCGCAGUACACCUGAUGGGACAGAAAAUGGAGACUUUCUGGCUUUGGAUCUUGGAGGAACAAAUUUCCGAGUUUUGCUUGUGAAGAUCCGAAGUGGUAAAAGGAGAAUGGUAGAAAUGCACAAUAAAAUAUAUGCAAUUCCUAUAGAGGUCAUGCAGGGUACUGGAGAAGAGCUGUUUGACCACAUUGUUACCUGCAUUUCGGACUUCUUGGAUUACAUGGGAAUAAAAGGCGCACGACUUCCCCUGGGCUUUACAUUUUCUUUUCCAUGUAAACAGAAAAGUUUAGAUGCUGGCAUUCUGCUGAAUUGGACCAAGGGCUUUAAAGCUACUGACUGUGAAGGAGAAGAUGUUGUCAGUUUGCUACGGGAAGGAAUUAAACGAAGAGACGAGUUUGACCUGGAUGUUGUGGCUGUGGUGAAUGAUACGGUUGGGACUAUGAUGACUUGUGCCUAUGAAGAUCCAAAUUGUGAAAUUGGGCUCAUUGUUGGAACUGGCAGCAAUGCUUGUUACAUGGAAGAAAUGAGAAACAUUGAGAUGGUGGAGGGAGAGCAAGGAAGAAUGUGUGUGAACAUGGAGUGGGGUGCCUUUGGGGACAACGGGUGCCUGGAUGACAUCAGGACGAUCUACGACAAAGCUGUUGACGACUACUCACUAAACUGCGGCAAGCAAAGGUAUGAGAAGAUGAUCAGUGGAAUGUACUUGGGAGAAAUUGUCCGCAACAUCUUGAUUGACUUCACGAAACGAGGAUUCCUCUUCAGAGGUCAAAUUUCAGAGACACUGAAAACUAGGGGAAUUUUUGAAACAAAAUUCCUUUCACAGAUUGAGAGUGAUAGGUUAGCGCUGCUUCAGGUCCGCACGAUCCUCCAGCAGCUUGGUUUGAACAGCACCUGUGAUGACAGUAUCAUCGUCAAAACUGUGUGUGGAGCUGUGUCGAGAAGGGCGGCUCAGGUGUGCGGCGCUGGGAUGGCUGCAGUUGUAGAUAAAAUAAGGGAGAACCGAGGAUUGGAUCAUCUGGAUAUCACUGUGGGCGUGGAUGGUACCCUGUACAAGCUUCACCCACACUUUUCAAAGAUCAUGCACCAGACUGUCAAGGAUCUCGCCCCCAAGUGCGACGUGACAUUCCUUCUUUCUGAAGAUGGCAGCGGCAAAGGGGCUGCCCUCAUCACUGCCGUGGGAUGCAGACUCCGCGAUGCUGAGCACCACUGAACUCUGCAGCACUGGCUUAUUCUGCCUUCCAAGCACUUUCAUGUAAAGCAACAAUUCUGUAGUCUGAACUGGCGGGGGAAGCCCAGAAUUCACUGCUUUAUGGAAGAGUUGGAGUUUAAAUAAAAAAAAAUAGGAUACUGAA